AUGGCUCCCAAACGCAGGCUGUCCAUCAAGAAGGAGACAAUCUCUUCUACCGUCAUACCAGAUCCUGUGGAAUGGGGUCCGGUUCCAGAUGAUUGUUUCAGCGAAGAGUCUGAUUUCUAUGGAAGCCCAGCGACUGUUUCAAAAUACAACAGAUUAAGCGAUUCAUAUCAUCCGGAGCAAUACUGGGGGUUGCGCGAUCGCAAUCCUCAGGUCAUCGCGAUCAAAGGCCAGGAAGCAGCAUGGAUAGCAGCAAAGAAACUUGCCCUCGAACUAGAGGACAGAGCCAGAAAAGAAGCCAGAGAGAACGCAAAGAGGAUCAAAUUGGAAGAGCGCAAUGAAGACAACAAUCAUGCGUCUAGAGAUUCUGAUGGUACACUAACCCCAGAUGAUGCCGAUCGAAUGGAUCUCGACCUCAUCACUCCGGCAGAGACAGAACCCAAGCCUUCCGAGCAUCACAAAUCGAACAACACCAUUCGCGCCAAGUCAGACGCGGAUGAUGCUGAGCCUAUGUGUUUGGAUCCAACACCGUCAACAACGACAACGUCCCGCUCCUCUGAACAGCGCAAGCCAGUCAAUUACUACGAAGGCACACCGACAGCCAAACAGCUCUCCGAAACACUAGACGAAUUCCUCGACCGACUCCCUCCAUCCUCCACCCCGAGAUCUCAGGGACCGUGGAUCUGGAUCGCCAACCCGUACCCACCACAAAACUCCCAACCUGAGUCUUCCGGCGACCUCGGAGGCUUCAAACAAGCAGGCUUCAACCUCCUGGAAUCGUACCAGACACACCGAGAAGAACUGCAGGCGCAGAACCCCACCAAACCAGCAGGCAGCAUCACGCGGAUGAUGAAAACCGAACGCGACAAACUCGAGCCGGCAAUCCUCUCCCUCGCACGAGAAAAACGCAUCUUGAAUGGCAAAUGGAUGAUCUUCCCCCCCGUCGAGGACGCAGACCGCGUCUGGCGCAUCGUCGCCGAAGCGACAUGGAAAGGAAAGCUGGGCACGGCAUCGAAAGUGGCGACGUACGACGAGAACGACGAGUCCGCCCGGGCCGCCACCCGCAUCAUCUGCGUCUACACGGCGGACUUCACGGACGAGAGCGACGUGACACGCGUGCUGCUCGCACUGUGUGACCUGGGGCUCGUCGACGAGAAGGAGGGGGCCAAGGGCGACCAGGAUGCCGCCGCCGCCACCGCAGCGAAGGUCAUCUACUACAAGUGCGACGCUUACACCUACCUGGAUCUUACCGCUAGUAACGAGUUUAAGCUGAAGGCGAGCAUGUACAACAGUCGCGACUUGUUGAGGAAAGAGCGGCGGAGCAGAGCCAUCGGAGCGUCGGGUUUCGUCAGAUCCGGAUGA